GCCCAGGUAUAAACGGAGCAACAACGAACGGAGGCAAUGAGCCUAACUCAAUCCAAAAGACUAGCCUAAUAGGUGAGGACUGCCUGACCCUAUAUGUUGUGCUCCCCCUACAUUGGAAUUUCCAAUGUGGGGCUAAACCCAAUAGAAAAUCCAAAGUCAAGCCUGUUCGCAACGAAGGACGUCAAGAAGGCGGCCUCGGUCAAUGAAGCGAUGAAGCGGAGGCGGUGGGCGUGGGGAAGCUUUGGGAACCAGCACAAGGACAAGGAUGGGGACCACGGAGUUCAACAUCAGAAUCGGCAUUCUUGUUGAAGUGGCGGGCCACUCAAUGAUGCACGAUAAUUUGAGCCGCACAUAGCGGCGGUGGGCCAUGCGCCAUUUGACUUCUCGGUGCUGGAGAUUCGCUGCAAACAGAAAACCAGCCAUGCCUACUGAGGUAAAAAAAACUGCCAUAGGAGUAUGGCAUAAAGCAAUUAACGUUCUACUUCAUGGGUACAUAAAUUUACUCUACAUGUUCCUCCACGGAGAAUAUAAUGUUCCGUCGACCGAUAUUUAAUUGCAUGAUCAUCAGUGGUAUGGACUCUGGAGCCCAGCAGAUCAUCAGCUUGGUAGGCUUUGAGAAAGAGCAAUCCUAAGCAGCAACAGAUGUCGUCUCCUUAUGGUAAAACUUCUGCUGCCCAAGGCUCAAAGUUAUCCAGUGGAGAUCCCCUCAUAAGCACAUCGCUAAUUUGGACGUUAUUAUCACAGAGGUAGCAGAAGCUUGAUGCUGCACGGUACACCCGUUUCUGUAGGACAACUGGUUGAAGAGAUUCUGGUGGCAGCAAAACAAUUUGCAUAUAGACAAUAUAAUCCCCACGUGAGCAGUCUGACCAGUGCCUUGCCAUCAGUUGUGGCCAAGCAGUUGUUGUUAAUUCUUAUUUACUGGUAGUUCUUUUUUAUUACCUUCCAAGCUCCUGUUAUAGGUUCUGAUCAACCAUGCUGUCACCUAACCUGCUAAGCUGCUCUAGUUUUCCUUUUCCCCACUUUUUCCAGGUGCUUCCAUGCAAUCAGCUGGUCUUUGCUUCUCCUAGUGAUCGAGUGAUUAUAUACUCAGUUAUCUAUUCUACGCACUGGUUUCUCAAGGCACGUGUGUUGUGUUGAAACUCCUUCACUCUUGAAGAUCAGCAGAUUACUCACUGGAAUGAUCUGAACAAACUGCUUGUGCAAGAUGAUUACUACAGGUUGUUAUUAUCAGACUCUUUUCCUUCAUGGAAGUCAUAGAUGUUCUUCAGACUUGCAUGGCGGAUCGCAGAGGUAGAACAAGAGCUUGAUGCUUUGUAUCUCCUCUUGGACCUCGCAAGCCCGGUUCGCUUGGCGCCCACGAGCCACGGCCCAUCAGGCCUAUGUACAUCGGAGCCCACGACAUAUACGACCUCAGGUCUAACUCAGCCCAAAAGACUAGUUCUUUAGGUUAGGGCUGCCCCCGCCUUAUAUGUCGUGCUCUCCUACCAUCAAUUAGCGAUGUGGGACUAAAUCUAACAAUCUCUCCCGUCACACAAUCGGGCCAACACUUCUAUCACGCACCCCCGUGAUCUCUAGAAGCCUCACAGGCCCACUCGAGUCCCAUCACAUCACACACGCACCCCGUGUACCCGUGCGAUCUCCUAGACACUUCACGACUCCCUCGUGACCUUGAAGAUUUUCCAGGUUUAACCUGGCUCCGAUACACUUGUUAGAGUGGCGCAACAGAAUUCUGGUCUGCUCGCUUGGCGCCCACGAGGCACAGCCCACCAUGCCCAUGUAUACCGAAGCCCCCGACAUAUAUGGCAUCAGGUUAGGCAUGGGGUCGUAUAUGUCGUGGGCUCCAGUGUACAUGGGACUGUUGGGCCACGGCUCGUGGGCGCCAAGCGAGCCGGGCUGAGAUUGCACUGCGCCACUCUAACAACAGUGACGAAUCUUCCUGCAUUUCUGCUGAACCAUUCUAUUUGUAAUCAGUGAUUGAACAAUUUUUUUCAAUGAGCAAACGCUUUGCCUUUUCAUUCUAUCUUACAUUUUUUCACCUUUAAAUGGCAGUGUGACCGGUUCUCCAUUUUGUGAUUGGCUAACAACAUUCUGUUAUCCACCUCAUAAAUUGGUUCUCUGUCAUAGUCCACCCCUCAAACUUGGGUGCUGUUCACUGGACGGGUUAACUAUCUGGUGAAUUAUUUGUGCCAAAACUAUUAGCGUUGAAUCUUGAUAGAAAUCAUUUUCUAUUGUUUUAAAGAAGGUGUGCGAGGUUAGACUUUUCAUGUUACUUCAAUAUUGCAUUGCCAUUUCAGUAAAUCUUUUUCAAAAUCACGGCAAGAUAAUUACCACAACACAAAUUUAUUAGCAAAACAAAACAAACACCAAAGAGCGCUACAAGGAGAUCCAAACUCUCCCACCAGAAGAAAGAAAUCAACUCAGUUUAUGAUUUCUAUACUACUUGUAGAAAUCUGCUACGGUUAUAGUUCUAAAAUGGUGACCCAGACAAUCCUCGUACUGUAGCAGAUGAAAAUGUUACUAUUGGGAGAAGUUUCAUGCAUAGGGUGCUAUUUAUUUUCCCUAGUGAUAACAACCAACAAAAGACAUGUUAGCUUACUAGUAUAUCUGAAAGCACAAAAUAAAAAGGACAGCAAGCAAUGUCCUCGUUGCUGAUUCAUAUGGAAAUGCCAUUAUGCUAUAACUUCAUAACUAGUUUCCCUGGCAUCCACCAUGUUAAGUUAACUGCAUGCCAUAUCUAAACUAUAGUACACAACAUUAGUUCAAUCUGUUAGCCUCUUCAAAAGUUCAUUUCAGUUUAGCAAAUAUUAUUCAAUUUUGAGACCAUGUUGACUUGUUUUCUCAUUCAUUUGAUAGCAUACAUGUUACGGGCCAGGCCCAGCCGGCCCAUGCGCCCGAACCGGCGCAGCUGCCGCCGAUGAUCACGUAUCAACGCCGCCAUCGCACUAGUGGCUGAGAUCUGCUUCUUUAGAUAUUUUAAUUGUUUCCAUAAAUUAGUUGGUUUGUAAAAGGAUAUAAGUGUUAGAGGAGUCAAGGGCGUAUUGGGCCCUAGCCCAUUAGGGUUAAUUAGUCGCUUGCUUAGGGGUCAAGUAAACCUCUCUAUAUAAGGAGAGAAGAUGUAUCAAUCUAAUCAAGCAAGACCAAUCAUAUCGCUCGGCUUCCCUCACGGAGCCGGGAGACCCCAAAACCCUAGUCGCCAUCCCGUGAACAGUACCCACGGUACUGUAGCACCUGUAGCGCGGCAGCCGCCGUCGCUUCCUCCUCCACAAUCCUCUCAAUCCCACCUGCCUCCUUCCCCUUGCGCGACCACGGCGCCCAGAAGCCGUCGGGCGCGCAUCAUCCUCCGUCCUUCUUCCCACGCCUACAACCUGCGUCCACGCCUUGGUAGGGAUCCAAUUCCUAUCAAUCUGGUAUCAGCUAUGCCAGGCGACGUCAAGUCUGAGCCACCACUGCCACCGCCAACCAUGGAGGGUCUGGCCGCCAUGAUGACCAAGCUGCUGAGCAGCAUGGGCGACAUGGAGACGCGCUUCACCUCUAUGGAGUCGCGCAUCACCUCUAUGGAGUCGCGCCUUCAACCGCCGCCGACGUUGAACCCCACGGCGUCCAUGCCCUAUGGGAUGCCAGAGUACGGAUCUACAACCCUGGCGAGUUCUUCAUCGACGGCCGCCGCCACACUGUCCAUGGCACCCCCAACGUCUUCGCCGACCCUGCCAAUCACCAUGAUCACGCUCCCCCACUCGCCAUCACCGCUGCCCGUGUUCGACGACAUCCCGCAGCCCAACCCGUUGGGCGCGUCGGGUGCACCGGGAGCUGCCAGCACACACGAGCGCCUGGGGGUUCCGCGCUUCAGCAAGCUCGACUUCCCCACCUACGACGGCACUGAAGAUCCACUGAACUGGCUCCACCGCUGUGAGCAGUUUUUUAGGGGACAGCGCACGCUGGCCUCCGACCGGGUCUGGCUCGCCUCGUACCACAUGACUGGCGUGGCCCAGACCUGGUACUACGCCCUCGAGCAGGACGAGGGCAUGCCGUCAUGGGAGCGCUUCGAAGAGCUUGCCAACCAGCGCUUCGGGCCGGCCAUUCGCUCCAACCGCCUCUCGGAGCUGGCCCGGCUUCCCUGGCACGGUACCGUCCAAGACUUCCAGGAGCGCUUCAACUCUAUGGUGUGCCACACCCCGGAGCUCUCGCCAAAGCAGAAGGCAGACCUCUUUGUGGGGGGUCUGCCGGAUCACAUCCGUGUCGACGUCGAGCUCCGCACACCCCCGACGCUCCAGGAUGCCAUGCAUCUCGCACGGGCCUUUGAGCGUCGCGCAGCGGCCACGGCGACCGCUUCUCCACAGCGUGCAGGGCGCCUUCCCCAGCGCCUGCCCCUGCCACCGCCAGCCGCUCCUGCACCGGCCUUACCGGCGCCGCCGCCCAAACCGUUCCGCCGUCUGACUCCGGCUGAGAUGGUGGAACGCCGUCGCCAGGGCCUCUGCUACAACUGCGACGAGCCCUACGUACGUGGCCACCAGUGCCAGCGCCUCUUCUACCUGGAGGUGGCCGACUACACGUCCGAUGGCGAGGAUGACGCUGCGGCCGGGGGCGCUGGCGCCUAGCCUAUUGAGGAGCCGGACCCGGUUGUCUCCCUCCACGCCAUCACCGGCAUUCGCACCGAGGACACGAUGAUGGUCCCUGUCCACAUCGGCGGACACCGUCUGACGGCCCUCCUCGACAGCGGCUCGACACACAACUUCAUCCACAAGGAUUUGAUGAGCCGUCUCGGUUUGGCGACAUCGAGCGCCAGGCUGCGAGUGACGGUGGCCAACGGUGACCGCGUGUCAUGCGGGGCGGUGGUC